AGGGGAGGGAGGGGAGGGAGAAGAGAAGCUGAAAUCUAGUACAGCAGAAAAUCUAGUACCAAUCCCACCUCGAUCAAUCCUGCUUCAAGAUGGCGGCUGCUACAAUGGCUUGUUCCAGAAUGUGUUUUUCGAGUUCUUUUGGAGCAAGAUUUGCUCUUUCGAGCAUCAGAGUUAAUCAAGGGCCGGCAGUUCGUCUGUUAAGCUCAAAGCAACAGCAGUCAAUGAAAGUGGAUAAAUCAUUGCUUUCAAAACUGCGAAAGGAAACUGGAUUUGGUUUUGCCAAGUGCAUGGAGAGCCUGCAGCUCUGCAAUAAUGAUUACAAUGAAGCUAUCACAUGGUUGAAAGCAGAGGCAGAGAAGCAAGGCUGGGAGAAGGCGAUCAAAUUGCAAGGAAGGGCUGCAGCAGAAGGACUCAUUGGAGUUAUGGUGGAUGGUAACUUUGGUGCUAUGGUUGAGGUCAACUGUGAAACAGACUUUGUAGCCAGGAAUGAGCUCUUUGUAGACUUAGUGUCAAAAGUAGCAAAUGCAGCAAUGGUGAAGAGGAAGAAGAUUGUCGAUCAAAACCAAAAGAUCAAUGCACUGGCUGGCGAGCUUGAGCAUCUAAGAGAGGUUAUACCGGAACAUAAACUGAGGAAUGAGCUUAUACACAGUGGUGAAGGAGAGACUGUGGCAGAAACUGUAGCCAGGACAAUUGGUAAAUUAGGAGAAAACAUCAAAAUAAACAAAGUGGUUACCAUGACAACUGAAGUACGCAAUGUCAUUGGUAGCUAUGUUCAUGGCCCUUUUGUGACGUCAUUGCAUGGUUGUUCUCUGGGGAGGUACGGGGGAAUGGUUGCCUUAAAGCCAAAGAAAGGUGAUGCUAAUCUGGAGUCCAUAGUGCACUUGGCCAAUAGAAUGGCUCAACAUGUUGUGGGGAUGAAUCCAAGGGUUAUAUCAGAAAAUGUCAGCCAAAAUGAUGCAGCUAAGGAUGGAGAAGUAAAUGAAGUGUUACUCGAGCAGGAAUAUUUACUAGAUGACAGUGUGAUAGUAGGAGACUUGUUAAACAGAGAGGGAGUUGAAGUUAUUGAUUUUGUUCGAUAUGAAUGUGGUACAGUGUCUCAUGCUCACGUUUAGCUGUCAGCUUGCUAAGCUGUACAACACUUCCUUAUUGUCACAGGAAGUCCUCACCGUGACAAAUAAAUAUUUGACUUUUUGUUACCAAUGAUAUGCAUUGCCAAAAAAGGAAAAAAUAAACAUAUAAAAAUUGCAAUAACCAUCUGCCUCAAUGGAGCUUUUGUAUUGUAGGAUUAAGCACAUGUUCUGAUGUUUUGAGUGUUGGUGCUAUUUCUUCUGAGCCCGAUUGAGUCAGGCAAAUUACUAACGCUCAAAAUGUCAGCUGCUAAACUCCACAAGAUAGUCUUUAUACUGAAAUAUCAUCAAUUGAAUGAAAAAAGUGACUUAAUGAAAAUAGUAUUCAAAUUCAUUCGAAUGGCAAUUUUUAUAUAUUUGUUGACAGUAAGUCCUAUUUGAAGUACUGUAAUCUGCACCAUUCUCAGUUUUAAUUCAGUACUUCUUUCUCAAGAUACUCGUUCUAUUUUGCUCGUGUAGAUUUUUUUAUCUAGUUUAUUUGUAGAUUUGGUGACAUUUGGCACCGUACACUGGAAAGUAGGAGUGAGAACUUUCGUUAAUUAUCCUGGAUACUUCCCCUUUGACAUGUGUUUUGCUGCUCUCUGUGUUCAGUCCAUUGAAAGCGGUUGAACUGUGAACUCAGGAAACGGCCUUGAAUACAAAAUAAGAACAAUCAAGCAUUUUGUUCUUCCUUUCAACGAUUUAUGUUGCCAUGGUAACAGUUGUACAAUCCU